UUCAACGUUUCCAGAAUGGUUCGAGAAGAACGCGCCGGCAUCGUCCGAAGCCCCACCGAAAAUCGUAGGUACCUCAGCAACUCGCAUUCUAGAGCUGCUGCCAGAACCAUCGAAGACCUGCAUCCAAGCCUGAACUGCGUCUUGUUCUGGAAGGAUUUGCCAGGAGACAUCACGGAGAAAGAGAUCAUUGACCAGAUCGAUACCGGUGCCGUCUUCUCCGUCCACAUCCGACCUGGAGUUCCUCCUCUACAUCCUUUCCCGGCUGCUAACAUUGCUUUCAUGCGACAUGAUGGCGCUACGGCUUUUCUGAGCAAGGUCCGUGACAAUAGUCUUUGGCUCCGUGGCGCUCAGAUCGAUAGCGCGAAUGUGACCUGGAAUCAACAUGGCCAGCUCGACUACGAGAAUCAAGACCGAUCUCGUGUUAUCGAAAUUAAGGGUCCAAAGAAAUUCAUGAAUUGGCCAGUGUGGGACGAUUUCAUGAAAUCUUGUACAAAAUAUCAGCUUUGCUACCACCGCUUUCGUCCCUGCCCAGAUGAUGAUUACCAGCGCAUCUUGGAAGUUGCCUUUGCCCGGGUCGAUGCCCAGGCGGAGGCAAUUUAUUAUGCUAUCCGCAAGCAGUAA